GGGAAGGGGAGGAGUAUGGUCGGAGGCGGCAGGAGGGGCGGCGCGGCGGACGACUCGACGAAGCUCAACACCGGCAACGUGUUCGCGGCGCUCGAGACGCUCAAGAAGAAGAAGAAGGGCGACAAGGCGAAAGGCGCGUCCUCCAAGGCCAAGGACCAGCAGCCCUCGCAGCAGCAGCAGAAGGAGCUCUUCUGGGCGCCCGCCCCCGUCACCACCAACUGGGCCGACGUCGAGGACGAGGACGACGACGACUACUACGCCACCACCGCGCCGCCCGCCCUCUUCGGGAACCACCACGGCGCCGCCGCGGCCAAGGAGGACGAGGAGGAGGAGGAUGAGGACGAUGCCGUCCACGCCGCGCUGCAGGAGGAAAUAGAGAGUGAGGAUGAGGAGCAUGAUGAUGAUGCUGAGGAUGGUGGUGAGGAUGAACCUGAGCAAGAAGUGGAAGUUGCCGAUCUUGCUCUGAAGAAAGCUCCAGCAGCACCCAAGGAGACAGAAAGACAGCUGUCCAAAAAGGAGUUGAAAAAGAAGGAACUGGCAGAACUCGAUGCUGUGUUGGCUGAGUUGGGAAUUUCUGAAAACCCAAGUGAAGCUGCACAAGAUGGAACCAAUGCUGAUAAGAAGGGUGCAAAUCAAACUGGUGAUGGAGAGAAAAAGGAGGACGCACCUGCCCCUUCAGAGAGCAAGAAUGCCAAGAAGAAGAAGAAGAACAAGGACAAGAGCGCAAAGGAGGCGAAAGAAGCUGCUGAAGUGUCUGAGGAGACUGCAAGUGCAGAACCUGAUGAAGACACCAGUGCUGUGGACAUGAAGGAGCGCCUAAAGAAGAUGGCCUCAAUGAAGAAGAAGAAGUCUGGCAAGGAGUCGGACACAGCUGGUAAAAUGGCUGCCGCAGAGGCGGCAGCUAGGACCGCGAGGCUUGCGGCGGCAAAGAAGAAGGAGAAGAGCCAUUACAACCAGCAACCCGUGCGGUAAAAAUGGCCCGCCCCAAGUUUUGAGAUGUUGAGAGUUUGGAUAUGAUGAUCGAUCCCCUUGUUCGUUUUGGAGUCUGAAUAAACUUUUUCCUGUCCCUCCCAGUCUCAAAAGAGUUGUAUGUAUGACCAUGGAGCGUCUUCCUGAUAUUCAUUUCGGAAUUCCUGAAGGCGGGCCUCUGUGGUCUGGUCGCCAGAACGGUCGUGUAAUUGUGUUUUGAAUUGUGUUCGUCCAGUGGAUUUAUAGACAAGACAGCAUGGCCAACAAGGGCCUCUUGGAUA